GACAGAUCAGAGGGGCGCGAGUGCCGCCAUUUGCAGACGAGUGCACACACACACGCACGGCUACUCAUACAAAAAUCGAGGAUGAUGCAACUUCGAUACAGAUGUUCCAACCAUCACCAAACAAAUACGGCUCUCGCUUCACUAAGCACACAGACCCAAGCCGAAGAGGACCAAUUGAAAAUUCGUGCAUGCGGAAAAAUCCUGAGGCCACAAGCGGGGGUAGCCCGCGCGAGCGGAAACACCUAGGAAACAGCUAUCGGAGGGGGAAAAGGCUCGCAAUAGGGUACACGAUUGAUUGGCAGACCCCUAAUCUUCUGCAGCCAUGCACGACGGCGAAAAAAUCCGGCAACAAUAACUCAGUACCGCGGCAUUCGAUCAACAUGUGCUCCAUCCUACUCGUACAUGCCACAUAUCCUGGUAGGCCCCCAAAAUAUCGGCAGCCUUACACGUCCGACAUGGCCUCCGCAAAGGGGAGGGGAGAUUGGGUAUGUGGGAGCGGGAGAGAGGUCAGUAGAGUCAACCUCAGGGUCGCACCGGUGGCCUCUGUUCCGCCCCUAUCUGCACUGGCUAAUUAGAACGGGUUGGGGGUUCCAGUUUCCCUAGCGAUCGAUGGGGGACCGGAUGUUGGGCCGGAUGUUUGUCAUGUUUAGUCCAGAGACUAUUGGAAUCUUCCAACUAAAGAUCGAAGGGUAAUGUCGUAACGGAAGGUCGAACGUGGCAGUCAGGUACCGUUCAAGACAAAAAAUCGGGAAGCCAUUGAACUGAACACUCGAGGAC